GUCAGCUCGCGCAAUACUGUCUGGGAACCCGAUAAAAAGCAAUCGCAGACGUCACGAUGAGCCCACAGAUAGCCGCAUUAUCCCAGGUAGACAGAGAGCGCUUGAUCAAGGCGUCUUUCGAAGCCAAGGCGAUGGCUUACUGCCGAUACUCCAAUUUCCGCGUCGGUGCCGCGCUCCUGACGUCCAAAGGUGAGAUAAUCAAAGGCGCGAACAUCGAGAAUGCUUCCUAUGGAGGAACGAUCUGCGCGGAACGCACCGCGUUGGUCAAAGCGGUGAGCGAAGGGAUGCGAGACUUUGUCGCUCUCGCCGUCGUGACGGACGUGAAAAGCACCAUAUCGCCCUGCGGAAUGUGCCGCCAAGUUAUCCGCGAGUUCUGCGCCAUGGACAUGCCAAUCUUGCUGGUUCCGGCGGACUACUACGAAAGGAAAGAGGUUUCGGCGACUGAAGCCGCCGAGUCGGUGAAGGACUGGACUAUCGCCCAGCUUUUGCCCGAUAGCUUCGGUCCGGAGCAGCUGGACCUGCCGCGAAGCUGAAGAAAUGUAGAUAAACACCCCCCACCCC